GACAGAAACCAACUGUUCCCUCAUAAUUUGUUACGCAAAUUGAUGAGGAGCGUAACUUGCAGACGGUCCCUGCUGUGUGGCACCGCUGUUUUCGCCUAAUGCACGCUUCAGUUCUGUGUUGCCUGCAGCGCGUGAGCACACAAGUUUUUGACCGCCUGUUAAUCACUACGGAACUCGCUGUAUAGAUUACAUCACCGGGAGAACUUACGAACCACUUAUAUAUUUUACAUUCUUAUGACUGCCUCGCCAGACGGAGAUUCGGGGCAUUGGAGAUAAGAUUUUCACCUUAGAACAACUUUAUCUAAAGACAGUUCUUUCUAAGGAAACUCUUCAGAAUUAACGGUGGACAUAGGAGGUUGAUGAAUGGACUUUUGUGCAAAGAGGUUGACAGAGUGGUCGUCGUAAUUGUUGUACACGGUGUGAUGCUCUUGAAAAAUUGAUUCCACGUUUGGUAGACCACAGUUUAUACUAAACGCUUCCCUUUAGGACAUCACCAGUCAACGAUGCGUAGCCAGCUCCUGGCGAGAUGGAUUAGUUAGUCGGCGUGGUUCUCUCAAAGUUUUAUGCGUUGGAUAUCCUCAUCACUGUAUUAGGAUUAGUUUCUGAGAGAUAACAGAAAAAUGGAGGAAGAGGACAGCCCGCAAGAAAACGGGAUUCAGAAUCCCAGGGACUCAGACCGCCAACUAAGGUUGCGACUUUGUGUUCUAAAUGAGAUUUUGAACACCGAGAGGGAUUACGUGCGCACACUUGUUUUCCUCCAGUCGGCCUUCCUGCAGCGGAUCAAGCAAACUCCAGAUGAUCAGCAGUGUCUCUCGCCUGAGCAAGUGAAGAUCCUCUUCUCCAACAUUGAGGUGAUCAUGGAGCUUCAUAAGGAGCUGCUGAACGCGGUGGAGUCCAGUCUGCAGCCGGAGCCCCAUCCGCAGCAUGCCCUGGGACAUGUGUUUGUGCAUUUUAGAGGCAGAUUCUCGGUGUACGGGGAGUACUGCAGCAACCACGAGAAAGCACUCCGCCUGCUCAUGGAUCUCAACAAAAUCCCACACAUACGCACCUUCCUGCUGCACUGCAUGCUGCUGGGGGGAAAGAAGUCCACCGACGUGCCGCUGGAGGGCUACCUGCUCUCACCCAUCCAGAGAAUCUGCAAAUACCCACUCCUGCUGAAGGAGCUUCUGAAGCGCACCCCUAAGAAGCACAAAGACUACCCGGCGGUGGAGGAGGCCCUGCAGGCCAUGAAGGCCGUGUGUUCCAACAUCAACGAGACCAAGCGGCAGAUGGAGAAACUGGAGGCCCUGGAGCAGCUACAGUCCCACAUCGAGGGCUGGGAGGGCACCAACCUGACGGACAUCUGUACAGAGCUGCUUCUCCAUGGCAACCUGUUAAAGAUCUCAGCAGGGAACAUCCAGGAAAGGGUAUUCUUCCUGUUUGACAACCUGCUGGUGUACUGCAAGAGGAAGUCCAGGUCCACGAAAAGGACCAAAUCAAUCACCGGCCCACAGUACCUGUUCAGAGGCAGAAUAAACACAGAAGUCAUGGAGGUAGAGAACGUGGAGGAUGGAACAGCGGACUAUCACAGCAACAACUACACAGUGACCAAUGGCUGGAAGAUCCACAACACAGCCAAGAACAAGUGGUUUGUGUGCAUGGCCAAGAACGCAGAGGACAAGCAGAAGUGGCUGGACGCCAUCCUUAAGGAGCGAGAGCAGAGAGAGAGCCUCAAACUGGGCAUGGAACGGGAUGCCUAUAUGAUGAUCGCUGAGAAGGGUGAGAAGCUCUACCACAUGAUGAUGACGAAGAAUCGGCACCUCAUCAAGGACCGGCGCCGCAAGCUGACCAACGUGCCCAAGUGCUUCCUGGGAAAGCUAGUGUCUGACAAGCACCAGUUUAGGAAUGAGCAGGUGCUCUACCGCUUCCGUUAUGACGACGGCACCUACAAAGCCAGGAGCGAGAUGGAGGACAUAGUUUCCAAGGGGGUGAGAAUCUACUGCCGUUUGCACUGUCUAUUUACGCCCGUCAUCAAAGAUCGAGAUUACCACCUAAAGACCUAUAAGUCUGUGUUGCCUGCCAGCAAACUGGUGGAUUGGCUCGUGUCUCAGGGCGACUGCACUACACGUGAGGAUGCAGUGACCUUGGGGGUCGGCCUCUGCAACCAUGGCUUCCUGCACACGGUGAUGCUGGAGAAGAGUGAGUUUAAAGAUGAGACUCAGUUCUUCCGUUUCUACGCCGACGAGGAGAUGGAGGGCACCAGCACCAAGAGCAAGCAGCUGCGCAACGACUUCCGACUCAUCGAGAACAUCCUCGCCAAGACGCUGCUGAUUCACCCAGAGGAGGAUGACUACGGUUUUGAGAUCGAGGAGAAGAACAAAGCCAUUGUGGUUAAGAACGUGACUCGGGGCUCUCAAGCAGAGAUGGUGGGGCUGCAGCCAGCGAGGAAGAUCUUCUCCAUUAACGAGGACCUGGUGUUCCUGCGGCCCUUCUCCGAGGUGGAGGCGCUCAUCAACGCCGCCUUCUGCAAGCGCCGCACCCUACGCCUGCUGGUGGCCACCAAGAGCAAAGAGAUUGUGAAGAUCCCUGAUUGCCCGGACAACCUGUCAUUCAGGCUAAAAGGCGCCUGCCCGCCCUACGUGUCUGCCAUCAAAAAAGGUGGAGAGGCAGCAGCCGCAGGGCUGCAGGUGGGCCAUUGUGUUCAGAAGGUAAAUGGCAGUAGCGUCAACAAGCAGAGCUGCAUCGAGGUGCUUGAGCACUUUAGCGCCCAGCCGGCCAAUCAGGAGCAUCCAAAGCGGGCCUUGGGACAUUGGGUGUACAGGGUCCUUGAUGAUGUUGAAGAGGAAAGGUCAGCUAGUCCUUCUGAGUUUACGGCAGUGCCAGAGGACUACUGCACCAAUGGAACAGGUCUGGCGCUGCUGUCGCUGUCGGACGCGCCGCUGGUGAGUCUGACGGUGGACAACGCUCAGCUGGAGCACGGCGUGGUGUACGAGUACAUCAGCACGGCCGGCGUCAAGAGCCACGUGCUGGAGAAGAUGGUGGAGCCCCGCGGGUGUUUCAGCCUCACCGCUAAGAUCUUGGAGGCGUUUGCGCGGGAGGACAGCCAGUUUGUGCGUAACUGCAGCCAGCUGAUGUCCCAGAGCGAGCGUGUGGUCUCCAUGCCUCAGUACGAGUUCAAAAACAUCUGCGAGACCAAGCUGGGCAGCAUCCACCGCCGCAUCACCAGCUACCAGCAGUAUGCUGAGGAGCUGAAGACGAAAGCCUGGCCCUCGUUCAAGCAGGCCAACAGCAGGCCUCACGCACUGGGCUGCAUGGACUUCGUCCCCACCAACUGCCACCUGAACAUCAUGCAGGUAUCCUGCCCCAAGAACAGCACGUCCACCGGCCGCGCCUUCAGCAUCCGCUUCGGACGCAAGAACUCCUUCUUCGGACUGGACCCCGACCAGGUGAACGUCAACCCCAUGUCCCACACGGUGCACUGCGUGACCACUAUGGGCGCUCCGUCCUGGCGGAGCUGGGGCCUGAACGAGGAGGAGUGCGAGAGCUUCGACGAGAGCCUGAACUGCGGCGAGGGUAACCCCUACGGUGGCUACGGCCAUGGUGAGGGCGGCCUCAGCUUCCUGCUCAAGCAGGAGGACACGGAGAGCCAGGACGCCUACCUCAACCUCUACAACCGCCUGGACAGCGCUGUCCGCGAGAUGAAGCAGUAUGUCACGCAGAUUGAUGUGCUGCUGUCCUCCAUCACAGAGCCCACCCAGCCCCAGGAGGGAGACCCCCCCACCUACGACCACACCACCCAGACCAUCCUGGAGGAGUCUGAGCUGGAGAGGGUGGAGUCAGGGGUGAAGCGCGUCUGCUUCAAGGUGAACGAGGAUGAGCAGGAGGACUCGGGCCACGACACCAUGAGCUACAGAGACUCCUACAGUGAAUGCAACAGCAACCGUGAUUCUGUCCUGUCCUACACAAGUGUCCGCAGUAAUAGCUCCUACCUGGGCAGCGAUGAGAUGGGCUCAGGCGACGAGCUUCCCUGUGACAUGAGAAUUCCUGUUGACAAGCAAGACAAACUUCAUGGGUGUCUGGAACACCUGUUCAACCAGGUGGACUCCAUUAACAGCCUUUUUAAAGGGUCGGUCAUGACUAAGGCCUGUGAGGAGACCAAGCACUUUUAUGCUGACCAGCCAGAAUUCCGACAAACAGAUGACUGGACGGCGCGGUGUCGGUACGUGAUCCACAAGAACAUCCAGGAGGACCCCUGGAACCUGCCCAACUCCAUUCAGACGCUGGUGGACAGCCUGCAGCGCUUCGUUGAGGAUGGGAAGAAUCAGCUCCUCUUGGCACUGCUUAAGUGUACAGACACGGAUCUGCAGUUGCGGCGCGAUGCCAUUUUCUGCCAGGCGCUGGUGGCAGCACUGUGCGCGCUGGCCGAGCAGCUGCAGGCGGCACUGACGCUGCGCUACAACAACAACGGCGAGUACGAGGAGGACAGCAUGGAGGUCAGCCGCAAGUGGCUCGAGCAGAUCUCCGCCAUCGGCGUCCUCUUCAACUUCCAGUCCACGCUCUCGUCGCACGUGAGGGAGGAGCGUACCAUGCUGGAGGACACCAAAGCUGCACUGGCAGACCUGGAUAAAGUCACCGUAGUGUUCAGACAACAAGGGGAUGAAUGUCUGGUUGCAAAUACACCAGUGUAUUAUGAGGUGGAGGGCAACAGGCAGUCCAUUAGAGUGUUAUUCUUCCUGAACAGCAGCCAUUUCAAUGAGCUGCCCUCUCGCCUGCAGAAUGGUGGCAGCCUGAAGCUCCACUCAGUACUGUUUUCUCGUGCUAUGGAGAGGACAGAAGGAGUGGCCACACCAGACUGUGUGUCCAUGGAGGAGUUCCAACAGCGGACAAACGGUCUGUCUCUAGAGAGGGUUAAGGCAUAUUACAGAAAGCUCAGGGCAUUUUACCUUGAGAAAUCCAACCUCCCCACCGAUUCAAACAAAACUGCCAUGAAGAUUGAUCAGCUGCUGAGGCCGCUGAACACGCUGGACGACCUGUGUCGCCUGAUGCAGACGUACGUGAACGUGAAGGCCAGCUCAGGGGGCCAUCCGUCUGGCGUGAGCGUGCUGCUGGUGUCUGCCGAGCUCUGCAACCGCCUGGGCUCCUGCCACAUCACCAUGUGUGCCACGGGCAUGCAGAGGUGUACUUUGAGCGUAUCUCUGGCUCAGGCUCAAAUUCUGGCACGGAACCACGGACUCCUCCCACGCUGUCUCAUGCAGACCAUGGAUAUUAUGCGCAAGCAGGGCACCAGAGUGGAAAUAUCCGCAAAGAAUCUAAAGGUGAUGGACCAGAUGCCUCCAAGUGCUCCAAGGCUCUUCAGACUGUGUCUCCCACCUACAGAUGGAGAUCUGUAGACCUGCCGCAUUUUUAGCUCCCUUUGCUUUUUGAAUGGCCCUUUCUGUUUGAAAUGACAAGGCGACAAGAGAGACCUCUCAGUUAUAGCGAGGACGGCUUGGCAGAGUGAUUCCUGAAACGUAGUGGCGCCGACUCAGGCAGAACUGGAACCUCGAUACUCUCCUCUCCUCUUUCGCACCCCUGCUGAUCCCCCCCCCCCCCCCCCCCCCCACCCACCCAGUCCUGUGAUUGGGAUGCCCAGGAGGGCUGCCACUGAUGUGGGGUCACCGCUCCACUCCCCUGUCGCCCCAGUUGCCUGAUUUCACUGACAAACCCUCUCUCUCCUGAGGAAGUCUUGUCCCCUCACUCUGCCCCUGCGGCUAGAUAGAGACUGGCCCUACACAGUAUUUCUCACUCUCUUACAAUAAUCCGGACCCCUGCUGUGCCUGAAACUCUCCCGCUGCAUCUGCAGGUCUCUGCAUCUGACCAGAACGUCUGGACUCUUCUCUGUGUCUGCAUGUCCAAGGCGUCCUGCUCUCCGUCCCUCACACAUGGAGAAUGUGCAAUUACUGUAGUUUAGCAUGUGGCACUCUGCACUAUUCACCCAGCGAGGGGACUGUCUCGUUUAAAAAAAGAGUGUAUUUAUUGUCCAAUUAUAUCAGGAAUAGUGAAUUAACUUGAAACAUUCCAGCCUAAAUGUCCUACAGCAGUUUAUGGACCAAUGACCGAGUGUUUUAGACAUGGAUAUGUGGUCUAGGAGAGGUUUUUAUUCUGUUAGCUACAGUAAUGCUAAUUUAUGUUGGAGUUAAAUACUUAGUGUGCUAUAUGUCACUUACCCACUGUUGAAAUUCAGGGAACACAACACAAAAUAUGACACAAAAAUGGGAAAACAAGCUAAUCACUGAGCUGGUUGAAGCUAAUCUUGUAAAUGCCCUCGUGGCCAACUGUUUUGUUUAUUUCCAUUGCUAUUUUUUUAACAGUUGAAUCUUCUUACUCGUAAUAUUUUUAGCUUUUUAGCCUGAAGUUCUUUCCUGACAGUUGUUUUAAUAAUGCUAGAGGACAGGAUGAGGUCCACAAUUUCAAAUCCUUUUGAUGCUAUUUAUGUGUGUCUCAGAGAGCGCAAAGAAGUUCUGUCACUCGUCAGUGUUUGAAAAAUGUCCUGUACUGUACAUUUUUGGAGUUAGAUGACAACAAAGGGAUCAUGAAGUAUAAACUGUAGACGGUAGCAUUAUUUUAUUGAAGUUUUGUUAUUUUCUUGUGUAUGUGUACAUAACAAUGUCUAUAGCAGAGCAACUACCAUACAGUAUAAUGCUUUUGAGGAAGGGCAGUUCUAUAAUUUAAAUUUUAAUAAUAUUAAAAGAGAUUAUAAUAUGUAAUGCAUUAAUUCCCUUUUGUAUUCAUCUUGUAAAUUUGAAAAAGUUCUCAAGUAGAUUAAGCAUAAAGGUGACUCACACUGACAGCAUUGUUUUAGAAUCUCUUUUUGAGAUCGUCCCGAUGUGUUGAGGUGCUACGUGCUGUCUAGAGGCUCGUGUUUCUGUGACAUCAGCUUGCCGAUCACUUGUUUCUCUUUCUGGGAAUUUUCAGCAUGAGUAGUAAUAGGAACGCUAUGAGGUCAUCAGUUUGGCCCGUAUGCCCAUGGCAUAAGCCUGUCUCCUACUGUGUACUGUUAGCUCUGCUUUUGAAUCAACAAGAGUGAUGCUUGCUGAAAAAUAACUUCCCGUUGAGGGGCUCUCAUUGUGUAGUACAAGUUGAAGUGAAAUUUUGCCAGUAAGUGUGGGCAGCUUUGUGUGUGUUCUGCAGACUGGAGUUUAAGAUAGGAAGUAGUGGUGACAAGAAAUGCUGACUCCCAAUUAGUUUUACCUCUACUGGAGAUAUAGGUCAGUUACAGAUAGGCUGAGUUCUGGUUAAACCUCAUUCGAUUCAAAAUCUAUACGUAAUUUCACUUAAGUAGAACCAAGUGGAGAUCAUCUCCCUUUACAUGCUUGUCUAAUUCAUUUAGCACUUGAUUAUGAUUAGAUCACUAAAGUAUUUAAAGUACCGGUAUGCUGCUGGAAUCCACUAGAAGUGAUGUGCUUCAUGAUCUGGAAAUCCUGUCAGUUUUCUCUCACAAAUGUUUACAAAUAUCAUUAAUUCAUAAGCUUAGCGCAGCAGCGGCUAUAGUCAGUGACAUCUCAUGUGCAUCGUUUGCAUAGAUCAUUACUGCAAUAUACACUCAAACUUGUCACCGUGUACUUGUGAACCUACAUGUCUUCAUCCUCAGCAGACAUUAUGACUUCAUAAACCACCCGUCACUCAAGGCAAGCUGUCAAAACCAGUCCCUGAAGAUUGGCAAAACAAAGAUUUAAUUAAUAAUACAUUACUUUAAAUCCAUAAUAAAAGGUAUAAAAGACUGCAUUUUUAAUAGUCUGCAAAAACCCUUUGAAGUCUGGUCAUUAUACCCUGGUUCCCCUCUUCAUUGAUCCAUCUUCCUUUUCAUCCUGUGGUUUCAAUCAGUUGUGAACUUCAGGUGAAGGUGAAGGAGGUUAGUCAAUCUCAAAGAAUGUCUAAUAUGUUGGGCAUAUCCUAAUGUAAGGGUUUCAUGCAGAGAAUGGCCUUCAGUUUGGAAAAAGUUCAGAUCUGUAUUCUGUACUGGCUACUUUGCAAUGAUAAUCUAUGUGGUGAGGCCCCAUAAUAAACAUCUCAUUUGACGAA